AUGUCUAGAAAUCUCAUCGAGUGUAUUGAAAAAUAUAAAAAGGAGAAACAAAUUUGCAUAUCGUCUUACAAAAAUUACAAACAAGAAAUGAAAGAAUGUGCACGUACAUUAUUUACUGAUGAUAUUUUGACUAGCUUAAAAAAAAAAGAUUUUAAAAUUAUUUUUACAUACACCAUUUUGCUGUCAAAAAGGGUUCCCCUGAAGAGGGAGGCUUUAAAAAUGGUGCUUCUGUCCUAUGUGAACCUGCUCAACGGAGAGGAGAAAAAGGAAGAAAAGAGCCAUGUUAUAAAUAAACGUAAUGACGACGUAGAUACACCCCUACUUCUAACACUUAAGUACCUAUUCUAUCUUAAUGUAGAUCACGAUAAAGUUAUAUAUAACUACAUUUACUCAGAGUUAAAUAAUCAAAUAGAAGAGUACACCCUGGAGGAACUCGUAGAAACGGUAAACUUGAUCUCAUCCUUUAAGGAUAAAAAAUGGAUUAAUCAGAAGUUUUUUUCUAGAUGCAUAAAUGAGAUUGUUAAAAGAAGCAAGCAUAUGGAGGAGGACACGUCCAAUUAUUUAGUCACCAUUAUCAAAUCUUGUUCUCGCCUCAACUGCGAAAUUGCGGACAUCCACGUGCUGCUGGAAAUGCUCAGAGAUAAUUUUGAAAAAAAGGAAAAGAAAAAUAUUCACACACUAAUUAAAGUCAUAUACAACCUAUUUCUUUGUAACUAUCACAACAACAAAAAUGUGAACCAGCUAAUUGAUUUACUAAAAUCUGAGCUUAUGGGCACUAGCAAGGAGGAGGAAUACCCCACAUAUAAAAAAUACACCUACAAUAAUAAUGUCGUGCUUGACACCAACCACGACUUGGAGGGGCAGGCCAGUAGGAACAACUCUUACAAUCUCGCCAUCUGUAAUGACAAUAUUAGGAAUAUUCAUCAGAUUUACUUCAACACGAAGGAAAAUUUGCACAUGUAUGCGGCUCCAUCUACUCCAAUCCCUUCUGUCAGUUUGUACCGCCUCAAAUUCCUUGACCUCCUCAUCCGAUCGGACAACUUCCUAUACAACAGCGUCUACAGUCCGAACUCGCACUUUUUCGAUUUUGUGAAGCAGCUGCGGGUGGAAGGCAAGGACCCACGGGAGACCAUUUUUACAAAGCAGGCCACAUUUUUUGUGAAGGAGAGCGGGUUCAAACUAGCGAGUAAGCUCGUCCACAUUUACCCCAUCUCGUACCUACCGGAGUUCCAAAACACGUACGUCGAAUUUGUGCACAACAGGAGCAUCAACAGGAACAUGAAAGACAACCAGCACAAGUUCCACCGGCACCAUUUAAGGUACAGGAUUCGGAACCUGAAGUUUUUAGGAUGGAACCCCAUCCUGCUGUACGAACACGAGUGGAAAAAGCUUAGGUAUCUUACAACAAACAUUAAAAAAAUUUACUGA